UCUGCUGUUUCUGUUUCUGUGAGCUCAGUCUGAACAUCAGCCGCUGUGGUCAGGCGUCUCUUUAGGGCCAGAUAGUGUUUGCUUCAUCUGUGUGAUUUUGUGUUCCAAUAAGUGAGGUAAUUUUGUUUCUGUUGUGUUAUAAUUUGCUUGACUCUGAUAGUUCUGGUCUCAGACUGGUCCUGAGGCAGAACACUGCUUGAACUGGUUUGGGAACAAAGCAUCAAAACCAGCUGAGUGAGGCGACUUCUGCCUUCGCUGAUCUCUCGGCGCUGCAGAGCUUUGUGAUGGAAGGAGUGAAGGAGGCAGAGCCACUCGGGAUCGUACUACGAUGGUGGGGGGGGCAGGAUGCCUCGCUCACCCUCUGACCUUGGUCUGGACCGCCGCUCCCGCUCACCACAUGGCUCCCAUGGUUACGGGGAAGAGGAACUGCGGGGCAGGAGACGACCAAUCAGAGACAGGCGAGGCCGUUGGCACUCACAGGACCCUCUGGAUCAGGUUCAGGAUGAGCUCGAGCUGCGGCGGCAGCAGGAGGAGUUUCAGGCCCGUUACCGUAGCGACCCCAACCUGGCUCGUUACCCAGUGAAGCCGCAGCCGAGCGAGGAGGCCAUGAGGAUGUUAGCUCAGGUUGGCAGGGUCCGCCACCAACGCCGCCACAGCGACAUCUCCCUGGAAACCGCAGAGGAUCACCUGACCCCGAGGCACGCUCUCCGGCAGCCUCGGGCUUCAGGAUUGGUCGGAGCUGGAGGUCAGAGGUUGUACUCGGUGGACCGGGCAGCCAACCACAUCAGCCCCUCCUCUCCUCGCAGCAGCCCCGUACCUCAGCAACACCUGGACCCGAGCGCUGCCCUCAAGAGGAAGUCGGCCAAUGAGAGCGCAGCGCAGGGGGGAGGGAGGAUGGGGAGGAUGCACGUGAUUGGCAGCUUCAGCAGCUCAGAGGAGGACCUGGCGACCACGCCCGACUACACCAGCUGUGACGAGCCCGACCGAGACAUGGACAGCCAAUGGUGGGAUCACGGUUCCUGGCAUGGCGAGCCUGCACCCAUGUCUAUGCAAGCGGUCACAUGGCAGCCGUCCAAGGAUGGGGAGCGUCUGAUUGGUCGAAUUCUGCUGAACAAGAGGAUGAAGGAUGGGACGGUUCCUGCGGAUACGGGAGCUCUGCUGGGACUCAAGGUGGUCGGGGGAAAGAUGACGGAGUCCGGUUGUCUCUGUGCUUUCAUCACCAAAGUGAAGAGAGGAAGUCUGGCUGACACUGUGGGACACCUGAGGCCAGGUGAUCAGGUUCUGGAGUGGAACGGUCGGGUUCUUCAGGGAGCCUCCUUCAACGAGGUUUACAACAUCAUCCUGGAGUCCAAACCGGAGCCGCAGGUGGAGCUGGUGGUGUGUCGACCAAUCAGAGAAGUUUCCAGAGCAGCAGACAGUGCCCACAUCCAGCAUGACUCCAGUUCCAGUUCCUUUGAGUCCCAGAAAGUCGGUCCAUCCAUCUCUGUCACGUCUCCCAUGAGCCCCAGCGUCCUGUCCGGACAGGUCUCGACUAUGAACAGGCGUGCGCUGGUUCCCAGAGUUCAGGUGAAGCUGUGGUAUGACAAAGUUGGUCAUCAGCUGAUUGUCACGGUUCUCGGAGCCAAAGAACUUCCUGUUCGAGACGAUGGCCGACCAAGGAACCCGUAUGUCAAAAUCUACUUCCUGCCAGACAGAAGUGAUAAGAGUAAGCGAAGGACGAAGACGGUGAAGAAGUCUGUGGAACCUCGGUGGAACCAAACCUUCAUUUACUCUCCGGUCCAUCUGCGGGAGUUCAGAGAACGGAUGCUGGAGCUGACGGUCUGGGAUCAGGCCCGGGUCCGUGAGGAGGAGAGCCAGUUCCUGGGAGAGGUUCUGAUCGAGUUGGAGUCGGCUCUGCUGGACGAUCAGCCUCACUGGUACAAACUGCAGCUCCAUGACGUUUCCUCGCUGCCGUUGCCCAACGCCUCCCCCUACCUGCAGAGGAGAGGAAUGCAGGCUGAACACACACAGGCCAACCGGAGGCUGCAGAGGUCUCAGAGGAUCAGUGACAGUGAGUUUUCAGAUUACGACUGUGAGGACGGCAUCGGGGUGAUCUCAGAUUACAGGCUGAACGGACGGGACUUCCACAGCUCCACCCUCUCUGUGCCAGAGCAGGUGAUGUCGUCCAAUCAUGGCCCUCGAACCGACGUAAUCCGCAUGAGGUCACGGUCACCGAGCCAACCGCCUCCUCAAAGCGGUAACGCUCUGUAUCCGUUAUACCGGGAGGACGCCGUGCGACUGCUCCGAGGAUCCAAACUGAGCCGAGCAUUCUCUGAUGCGGGCCAAUACAGCAGCCUGGAAAGCCAGGACUUCAUCCCAGACUUCCCCUUUGAACCCGACGCCUUCGAUGAGGAGCUGCUGAGGUACAGUCGGGGGAUGGACCGGCAGGAUUACUACAGCCGCUCCCGGUCAGCUGACCAGCGGGCAAUGGUGGACCGACCUGUCUGCACACGCUCACACUCCAUCGACCGCGGUGACUCCGCCCACCUGAGGGCCAGACGCUCCGCCCCCCCGUCACCUGCCCCCACCAGGAUGAACCCUCGAGGCGGAUCCACCACGACGAGUCCAACAGGAACGCCGAUCUGCAGCCGCCGAGGACGCCAGCUGCCCAUCGUCCCGCCCAAAGGAGCUCCAGACAGAAUUUCGGUCACACCAACCACUGAAGCGUCAACUGCAACCAUAGCCCCUCCCACUCUACAUCAUCAGGCCCCACCCCAUGUCCUCAAACAGGUCCCUCCUCCUGUCAAUCAUCAACAGCCUCCUCUUAUACGAAUCCAAGCCCCGCCUCCCUCUGGACCUGCCCAACCCCACCCACCUCCUGCACCUGCCCAAGUCCCGCCCCCAGUUCCUGCCCAAGUUCCUCCCCCAGCUCCUGCACCUGCCCAAGUCCCUCCCCCAGCUCCUGCACCUGCUCAAGUUCCUCCCCCAGCUCCUGCACCUUCUCAAGUCCCUCCCCCAGCUCCCGCACCUGCCCAAGCUCCACCCCCACCUCCUGCACCUUCCCAGAUCCCUCCCCCACCUCCUGCACCUUCCCAAAUCCCUCCCCCAGCUCCUGUACCUGCCCAAGCUCCACCCCCAGAUCCUGAACCAGCCAAAGCCCCACCCGAAGCGCCUGAACCUGCCCAAGCCCCGCCCCCAGCUCCUGUAGUCCAGCCUCAGCCACCUCCUGAACUGGCCCUGUCCCCUGCACCAAGCCCCGCCCCCUCACCAGACCCGCCCCCGGAGACUCCAGAGCCAGAGAGACGCUCAGCGACACCUGGAGGGACCAGAAAAGAGGUCACAUGGGAGGACCAGCAGAAGAAAACAGCCAAUGGUAUGGUACCACCUGUUAGCCACACCCACCUGCAGACAGGUGUGAUGAAGGAUCCAUCAAAGAUGAAGGACAGCCUGUCAUUUAAAUCCUCAGACAGUGACAUCAGCGACAUGUCGGCCAUGUCCAACGCCUCUGACACCCGAUCUGUCCGCAGAAUCAGUCGGGCAGAGGCUCUGGAGGGCCAAUCGGUGGAGUUGGGGGCGGGGUCAGAGGGAACACAGGAAGUAGCGUUGGCGGUUGAGGGCGGAGCCAUGCUGCAGAAGAGUGAAUCAGUGGAGGAAGGAGAGGAAGAGGAGCCUGAGCCUGCAAAGGCAGCGGCGGCGCCCGGAGCUCCGCUCCAGAAGUCUUCGAGUGUUGGCGGUGAGAUCUGCUCGUUGGGACGGAACGAUGACGACGAUGACGACAAGAAACGACGCUCGAGUUUUGGAGCUCGGAUGAUGGGAAUGGUUGGACUGGGAAAGAAGAGCCAGAGCGCCUCCCAGCUCAACCCCGAGGAGGAGGAGAAGAAGAAAAAGGUGGUGAGACUUCCUGUCCAGAGGAGUGUUGAAACCGGAUUGGCCGUCGAGUUUAAAUCUCGUUUCACCCGACAACCGAGCCGCGACCCCGACGCCGAGGAUCCGAAGCCUGGAGCUCUGAUUUUUCCGGGAGUGAAGUUGGCGUCUGACAAACACUUCACUGGUUUCCUGGAUGGUUUAGGCCCCGCCCAGCUGGCGGGCAGGCAGACUCUGGCCACGCCCCCCAUGGGUGACAUCCAGAUCGGGAUGGUGCACAGGAAGGAGCGUCUGGAUGUGGAGGUGAUCCGAGCCCGUGGGCUUGUGGGUAAACAAGGCAACAAGAACACGCCAGCUCCGUAUGUGAAGGUGUAUCUGAUGGAUAACGGGAAAUGUGUGUUGAAGCGACGAACUCGUCUGGCGAGAAAAACACUCGACCCGCUUUAUCAACAACAGCUGCAGUUUGAAGAAAAUCCAGAAGGAAAAGUCCUGCAGAUCAUCGUCUGGGGCGACUACGGCCGGAUGGACCAUAAAUCCUUCAUGGGCGCCGCUCAGAUCCUAUUGGACGACCUGGACCUGUCCAACAUGGUGAUUGGCUGGUUUAAACUGUUUCCUGCCACCUCAUUGGUGGACCCCGCCUUGGCCCCACUGACCAAUAAGGAGACAGAGGCCGGCAAGUCGUAGUGUGAGGAGACGGGACUGAAUGUAUCACCAUAGCAACGGGCCAGGAGCAUAUAUGGUUACUGGGCGGAGCCUUAAAAAAGUCCCAUGAUCCUCUGCUGCUGCAUGCUGCAUGAUGACAUCAGAGCAGUGCCAUAACAGCGUCAUGAUGAUGUCACCAGGGGGGAGAUGAGAGCCCCACCCACCAGGGGCGGGGCAUCCUAGCAGAGGAUACUGGGAAAAACAGGACAGGUCAGGUCAUGUGACCUCCACCUGCUGGCCAAUCACAGCAGCUCCUGAGGAGUCAUGUGACUGUUAGAGGCAUGUCCAGAAACCAUAGACUCAGUCGUCACCUGAUAGUUUCCAUGGAGACGGGAACAGCGUUCUGCUUAUGUUUUUGCAUGAAAUGAUGAAAAGAUUAGAACAUAUAAAACAAAGAACAUGAGAACCAAAAAAUAAAAAAGAUUCUGAACGCUGAAGAUGUUUUCUGUUCUAUGAGGUUCUAAAAGGUUCUACUGACAACACUAGACUCUGUUCUACAUGGUUCUGUUGAAUGUAAUGUUCUGUUGAUAGCCUGAACAAGACUUCAGUUUUAUCAGGUUCUACUGGUAUCGCCGGAUCCACUGAGAAGACUCUGGUUCUAGAAGGUUCUGCAGGUAUUGCUGACACAACUGGUUCUACAAGGUUCUGCUAGUUUCAGUGAUAAGACCACAGUUCUUUAAGGUUCUGGUGCCACUCUGUUAGGUUCUGCUGGUAUCUCCAACACAUUUCCAUAAGGUUCCACAGAUACUAACAUGAUUCUAGUUCUACAAGGUUCUAUUACCAUUGCUGACACUGACACGACUGUUCUAUGCGGUUCUAGUAGUACCAGUAACAUGACUUGUUCUAUGAGGUUCUACCAAUGAAUGAUUCAACUCCAGUUCUGUGACGUUCUGCGACGUUCUGCAGGAGUCACUAAGACAAACUUUGACUCCAAAAUGUUCUGCCGGUUCCGCUGAUGCGACUCCAGUUCUGUAAACGCAGCACAGAAUUAUUUUGUCUCUUUUCUAUAGAACCAGUAAAACCAGUGAGGACUUUCUAAUCUACAGUUCAGUCUUGUCUGAAUCAGCUGCACAAAC